CACAGUUUUGGUAGUGAACAGGAGUAUAUGUACACAAUAAAAGCUAGUCCAUGAACUGCACCUGUUCCUGGAGAACUCAGAUAUGUCAAUGGUAACACAUGCCUUGGUUACAUUCUAUUUAGAUUACUGUAAUGCACUCUCUGUGGGGCUGGAAAGUGCGCAGAAAUUUCAUUUGGUCCGAAGAGCUGCAAGCAGAUUAUUAAAUGGGGCAGGAUACAGGGAACAUACAAUUCCUUCAUUGUAAAGCUCAGCUGAUUGCUGGUCCUUUCCCAGGAACAACUCUAUUAAGCCCUUUUAACAUUUAUUUCGUGUCAAAAGCAUUGCAUAAUAAAUAAGUUUUAAACUAUUAAAGGGAUCUCAAGCAGCUAAAUGGUUUUAGACCAAAAGCAGGCAACAUCGACUGUCUGUAGCUUUCAACAAUUCUUCCUUUGUACAUGAGACAGGGCAUUGUGGGCAAGCAUACAGAUGCAGAGUUGUUUGUUGUGUUCCACAGUUGCACAAGGUGGAAGAUUCUUCUAGGUAGUGUCAUUUUGUCAAGUUGCCAUUUGAUCUUCCCACUCCACUUCUUAGUUUGUUCAGGGACUUCCAAGUUGCCCGUUCUUGGUUUGCCCCUGGAGGCAAACCCUUGUGGGAGGCCAUUCAGUUGAUAUUUCUUGGUUUAGCUGCCAAGAGGGACACCCCACCCUUGAGCCAACUUUUAACUGUAUUAUUGUGUCUGUAUAGAACCGCCCCUUGACCAUAUGAAGAGCCACUCUCUGGUCUACUACAGUCUCAGGUCCAUUUGGUGGGAACAAGGCAGAGGACCAUUUUGGUGGCUCCUCUGAGACUUUUCAAUCACCGCCCUAGGGAGGCAAGAAUGACCAUGUCCUUGCUCUUUCCAUCAGACCAAAUGGAGACGAAGAGAUAGUUGCAGAAAUCAUGGGGAGAUGUUUCUCUCCUUCAGUGCUAACCACCCAAGCCUGGGAAGGAUUUAAUUUUGCUGAUCAUAAAAUAAAGAUUAGGGAAGGUAUUGACAGUUAUGGAGCUGUGGUUUGGCCUUCGGCUCUUGUUCUAUGCCAUUUUUUGGAAAAGAAUGCGAAAUCAUAUAAUAUAGCUGACAAAAAUGUUAUUGAAAUUGGAGCUGGAACAGGUCUGGUCUCCAUAGUAGCCAGCUUACUUGGUGCACGUGUGAUUGCGACAGACUUGCCUGAAUUGAUAGAAAACCUUCAGUACAAUGUUUUUAAAAAUAGCAAGAUGAAAUGCAAACAUGAACCCCAGGUGAAAGAACUGUUCUGGGGAGUGGAUUUAGAGAAGAAUUUCCCCAAGUCUUCAUGCCAGUUUGACUACAUCUUAGCAGCGGAUGUUGUCUACCACCACCCUUACCUGGAGGAACUGUUGCUUACCUUUGAUCACUUGUGUAAGAACAACACAGUUAUCAUCUGGGCCAUGAGGUUCAGACAGGAGAAAGAAAACCAGUUUGUUGACCGAUUCAAAAAGGUCUUUGACCUGCAAGUGAUUACUGAUUUCCCCAGCUUAAGUAUAACCCUGUUUAAGGCAAAGAGAAGAUGCAGGCCAAAAUGAUCUCCAGUUACUGCACCCUGAGACUUGUUAAUUAGCUGUCUAACCAUCAGAUUAGAGACCUCCUUACUGAGCUCUAGUUUUGAAUGUGUACAAUUGCUGGAGCACCUAGACAUUUGAUUCUCUGCUCGCAGUACAAAGUUGUACUGUUAAACAACAAUCCUGAUGAAAAUAUGGUCUACUGUAAGUCUAAGGUACAUAUAUGCCAUUCUACAAACAGUUGUUGAAUGGCAAGGUCAGAACCAACUUAACUCUGAACUAUAUUGGUAUAAUAUGCUUCUCUAUAGGAAAAAAAAGCUUGAGUGCUAUUCGACCAGUUGUACCAUGAUUGCAGUUUCCUCCUUUUUUACAGGGUCAUAAAUCUGUCCUGAGUAAUUGUUAUUAGGAUUGUUGUUAUUGUUGUGUGCCUUCUAGUAAUUUCUGACUAUUUGCAACCCUAAGCGAAUCUAUCAUGAUUUUUUUUGCAAACAUUUGUUCAGAAGGAAUUUGAAUUUGCCUUAUAAUAUGAAUAUUAUAAAUAAACAAUAUGGGAGAUCCAUGAUGCAGUGUUAAUUGCA